AUGGCAACGAACAACAUGCAUAACCUCACCACCCUCAUCAAGCGGCUCGAAGCUGCUACGGCUAGGCUCGAAGAUAUCGCCACCUCUACCAUCGAGCUUCCCCAAGCCGUUCCUGCCCUCAAUCAAUCCGUCGCCUCGCCGCCUGCUGCUUCCAAUGCUCCCGCCCCUCCCCCGCCGCCGCAAGCCGCCGCCGCCCCCCAAGCUCCCCCGGAGCCAGUUCCAGAGUCCAUUGAGGAGUUCGAUCAAUUUAUUGCCACAUCGGUCGAGAAAUAUGUCAAAACCAGUCAACAACUUGGAGGCCUUGUUGCUGACCAGGCUGCCAAAGUUCUGCAAGGUUUCCAAGCCCAGCGCAACUUCCUGCUCAUCACCACGAAGGCCAAGAAGCCUGAUUUGAAUGGCGCCGAAAUGGCUGUCUACCAGGACCUCCUAAAGCCCAUUAAUGAAGCUCUUGUAGCUGUCAACAAUAUCAAAGAGUCCAACCGAGGGUCGCCAGUUUUCACCCAGCUGAGCGCUGUUGCUGAGGGCAUCAUGGUUCUCGCCUGGGUCACUGUCGACAACCGUCCUUACAAACAUGUCGAAGAUUCGUUGGGUUCUGCCCAAUUCUUUGGUAACAGGGUGUUGAAGGAGCAAAAGGAUAAGGAUGCGCAGCAAACCGAAUGGGUGAACGCCUUUUACCAAGUCUUCCGUGACCUUGCCGACUACGUCAAGCAAAACUUCGCUAGCGGCAUCCCCUGGAACCCGAAGGGUCAGCCAGCUCAGGAGGUUGCUAAAUCGUUGUCCGCAUCUGCAGCUUCUGCCGCUGCUCCUCCUCCGCCACCCCCGGCCGGCGGUCUUCCGCCUCCACCCCCGCCUCCCGGACCUCCCCCAGUACUGGAUAUCAAGGAAGAAACCCCCGGUGGCAAAGGUGGACUGGGUGCCGUGUUCUCCGAACUCAACAAGGGCGAGGCUGUGACGAAGGGUCUUCGCAAGGUCGACAGAUCGGAAAUGACGCACAAGAACCCGUCCCUUCGUACAAGCUCGAAAGUUGAUGGAGAGGCAUCAGCACGCGGCAAGAGCCCAGCUCCUGGCAAGAAGCCUAAGCCAGAGAGCAUGCGCGUCAAGAAACCACCAAAGAAGGUGCUUGAGGGCAACAAGUGGACUAUCGAAAACUUUGAGAAGGAGCCUCAGCCCAUUGAAAUCGAGGCGUCCAUUUCGCACUCCAUCCUGAUCAGUAAGUGCAGCAACACUACCAUCAUUGUGAAGGGCAAAGCAAAUGCUGUGACCAUUGAGAACUCAACUCGUCUGUCGUUGAUCGUGGAGUCUCUUGUGUCUACUGUGGACGUCAUCAAGUCCCAGAACUUUGCAUUGCAGGUCAUGGGUGCUGUGCCUGCUGUCUUGAUGGACUCAAUUGACGGCGCUCAAGUCUACUUCAGCAAGGAGAGCACAGACACCAGGAUCUUCUCGAGCAAGUCUUCAGGCAUCAACCUCAACGUUAUCUCGGGAGAGGACGAGGACUAUGUGGAAGUACCGCUUCCAUCGCAGAUUUGCUCCUACUAUGAUGAGAGCAAGGGCGAACUCGUCAACGAGAUUGUCUCUCACUCAGGUUAA